UGUUUUCCUGUUAACAGAUGGCAAGUGGCAGCCAGAAACGAAUAAUCCAGUUAACUGGAUUUAGAGGGCAAGAGAAGGUGGUACUACUGAAAUGUCUGUUCAUACUGGACUGUGUUUUCUUGGAUAAUAAGAAAUACAGAAAUUGUACACAUCUUAUAGCAAAAAAGCUGUGCAAGAGUGAAAAGUUCUUAGCCGCCUGUGCUACUGGAAAGUGGAUACUAAGCAAGGAGUACAUAAUUAAUAGUGCCGAAAGUGGCAGAUGGCUUGAUGAAACAACGUAUGAAUGGGGAUAUGAAAUUGAAAAAGACACCCAUUAUUCACCUCAAAUGCAGUCUGCACCUAAAAGAUGGCGUGAAGAACUAACACGGUCUGGUGCUCCAGGGGCCUUCCACAGAUGGAAAGUUGUCCUCCUUGCUAAGGAAGAUGAUGAAAGAAUGGCAUGUAUUAGAAG